GAAAAAAAUUGCAAGCAUUUAUUGCGCCGAAACGCUUUAAACGCCAGAAAAAUUCGUAAACAGAUUUAAAAAAAAUGUAAAUGUUGGUGGGGAGGGGCGUUGCUCUGGGCGGUGUUCGGCCCACCUACGCUGGAGGGGCUCGCGCGCGCGACCGGCGGCAGUAGCGCGUCAGCCGCGGCCCGGGGCGCACGCAUGUCUCGCGAGUGAGUGCUGCAGUGUUGUGGGGCAGAGGCCCAUACAUUCGAAAAUAGCAAACGAAAAAAUUGAACCCCAGAUGGGAGUAUACGAGGAGAGGGGAACGAUGCACUGGCAACAAAGUGAGAGAUACAUAACGUCGGCGUACGAGGGGGGCGGCGAGUUGUCUCCCGUCGCGCCGGCGGCUUCACCGGGCUCUCCGCGCGACUGCACCUCGUGCCGCAAGCGCGAGCCCCCGGACGAGGCGCCCCAACCGGUCGCCGACGACGCCUGCGCCGGCUGCGGGGCCCGCAUCACCGACAGAUACUACCUACUGGCGCUCGAACGCCGCUGGCACACGCCCUGCCUCAAGUGCUGCGAGUGCAAAAUGCCAUUGGACUCUGAACAGCGAUGCUACGCUAGAGAUAGCAAUAUAUUCUGCAAGAAUGAUUAUUUCAGAUUGUACGGCUCGAAGCGGUGCGCGCGCUGCAACACGCCGAUCUCGGCGUCGGAGCUGGUGAUGCGAGCGCGCGACCUCGUGUUCCACGUGCACUGCUUCUCGUGCGCGCUCUGCAGCACGCCCCUCAACAAGGGAGACACUUUCGGCAUCAGAGAUGCAGCUGUCUACUGCAGGCUGCACUACGAGACCAUGCCGGAGUACGGGCCGCACAUGGCCGUGCCGGGCCCGCCGCAGAUGUGUCCCGGGCCGUACGCGGGCCCUCCUCCGGGUGCGCACUACCCUCCCUACCCCUCCCCCGAGUUCGCGCGGGUUGAUAACGAUGUUCCUAAAGGCCCUUUCUUCAACGGCUCCACGGCGCCUCCGCCCCGGCAGAAAGGACGCCCCCGGAAAAAGAAGCCCAAAGACCAAGAAAUCAUGUCAGCCAACCUUGAUUUGAACCCUGAGUACUUGGAGAUGGGUUUCCGCGGCGGCGGCGGGCUGGGCACGACCUCGCGCACCAAGCGCAUGCGCACCAGCUUCAAGCACCACCAGCUCCGCACCAUGAAGUCCUACUUCGCGAUCAACCAUAACCCUGAUGCGAAGGACCUGAAGCAACUCAGCCAGAAAACAGGACUGCCCAAAAGGGUGCUGCAGGUGUGGUUCCAGAACGCGCGCGCGAAGUGGCGGCGGAUGGUGACGAAGCAGGAGAGCAAAAUGUCGGACAAGUGCUCGCCGGACGCCUCGCUGGAGAUGGACAUGUACCACGGCCCGAUGGGCUCCAUCCAGUCGCUGCCGCCGCAUAGCCCGCCCUACAGCGUCAUGGGCGGCCCGCCCAGCCCUAAUUCCAUGGAUUGCCCAUAGCCAUUAUUUUGCUCUUUAUGAGCACAAUAAACUGUACUACGAGUGGUUCGCCAAGCUGCUCUCUGCGGUGGCGUCUGCAAGCAACCCUAUCAUGAGCAACUUCAGUGAAUCCAUUCGUUUCAAAUACAGCAGUGAACAAUUCAAACUUGUGUUAUGUUAGUGCUUCUCAUAACUAAUCCUACUGGCCUGACGUUCUCAAUCAAAGUGAUAUCGUGAGUGACAAACCAAUAGCCGCUGAAGGACUUCUGAUACGAUGGAAGUGGUAGUGACGUCAAUUGACUGUACAGAUAGGAACAUUGAUCUGAGUAAUGUAUCUUGGUAUCUGAACGUGCCCCGUGCGACUGGUAUGUUCACGACGACGAAGCGAGGGUCUCAGCACGUGUGUCGUGCGUCCGUCCAGCAGACCGGAGUAACGAACCGCGAAGAAAAACAUAUUUCAGUGUCAUUCCACUAUGUUUAUUGUCUUGCAAACGAAAACGUGUAGUCAUUGUGUAUCGUAGCGAGUUCUCUUUAGAACAUUAUAAACUCGCAUUUAUCGAAUACUUUUAAUGUCGACCUUAGAGAUUCUUAAACAAAUGCCUGUAGCCGAUAAUGUAUGUGCGACGUUACAGAUUCCAUUUUGAACUCCGCUGUAGUAGCUGUUUGCUGAAUUUUUGAUGUUGCUAUGCGUAGGUAUAUCAUCAGUGUUGUACAUAAAAUUGUUGAUUAGAAGCGAUAUAAACAAUAAAACUAUGUUAUAAACAAUUACAAGUAGAUUUCCAAUUCAAUGAGAUAGAGAUUCGAAUGUUUACAUGUAUCCGUAGAUCUGUGUUUAUUAAACUCAUAAACUAAAACUAAAAAUAUAAUAAUUUAUGGACUGUCGUUUCGAACUUUUGUAUAAAUAGUUAAGGUAGGGUACUUAUAUUAUGAAGUAGAGGACUUUUUGAAGUUACACUUUGAAUUCGUGUUUUUCUGUUACAAUAAGAACUCUUGUUCUGAAAUUCGGUUCCUUGAACCAACGGAGAAAGUUUUUCAUUAAUAUAUUACUAUUUAUUUAUUGAAAAUUAAGUUAAUUUAAUACUAUAGAAUAGGCGAUUAAAAUAAAUGUGAAUUUUUCCAUAGUUGUAAUAAUUAUAGUUUAGCAUAGACUUAGGUGAAUAUUGGCCGGCAAAAUAUUAUUUAAAACUUUUUUUUUCAGUUCUUUUUGUUUUUAAUAUUUCAAUAUUCUGUGUUUAAGUAGUUUUAAGCAUUACCUAAGUAAUAUUCCGGCUAAGUAAAUGCACUGUUAGUUCCUUUUUGUAUAAAUUUUAAGUACAUUAUUAUAAAAUAAUCCACAAUAAUAUAUUUAAUAAAUAAAUGUAGCUGACGCGAUUAUCAUCGUUUAAAAUUAGUACGAUUAUAAUAUUAAUGGUUAUUAAACAUAAUAAUAUUAAACUUCAAAAUAUUCAAUUACAUAGGGCAUUAGCUGUUUACAUUUGUGAAUGCCUAUAAAAGUUAUAGAUCUGUUAAAUAAAAAUAUUUCAACUGUAUUUUUAUUUCAUUCAAUAUUGGUGUCAUUUUGUCAAUAAAAUCUGGAUGUUUGUUAAAUCGACGCAAUAUCAAUAAAAAUAUGGAAAAAUGUA